CGCGGCCGGCCUCCUCCGCUCCGCUGCCAAGAAAUAUAAAUGGACAAAAAAAUUUCCAAUCAACACGAACGUCGUCAUCGCCGGACCAAGAAGAAAUCACAAUUCCUAGGCCUGACUCCGAUCCAUGGCAUUGGUCCCCAUCAAGCAGCUGGACGGCCCAUGCGGCUACCUGCGGUGGAAGGAAUCGGUGCUCCUCCGCACCCACACCCUCGGCGUCGCCCGCGUGCUCUUCGAGGACCGCCCUACCGGCGACGCCGCGGCGCAGGCGGCGGCCAAGAAGUGGGCGCGCGACGACGCGGUGUGCCGCGGCCACAUCCUCGCCACGCUCUCCGACCGCCUGCUCCCGGACAACCAACGCUUCGCCACCGCCGCCGACCUGUGGCGCGCCCUGGCGCGCACCUACCACGUGGACACGCCGCGCGUCUGGCGGGACAAGUUCGACGCGUUCGAGUUCGAGGAACGCGCCGCCGCCGGCGUGCUCCUGGAGCAGAUCGCGCACGCGGAGGCGCUGGGCGUCGCCGCGAGGCUCCCGGAUGGGUUCGUCGCCUACGAGCUCUGCGGGAGGCUCCCGGAGGUCGUCAGCGACGCCGUUGUCAUGCGCUCCGGUCCUGACAACGAGAUGUCCAUGAGCUUGGUCUGGGACGUCGCCCGCCGUGUCGUGGCCAGUGGCGCAGGACCGGAGCGUCUCUGGAGGAGGACGGCGACGGCGAUGGCUGAAGAAGCGGACGGCUGCUGCUCCGACGGCGCAAAGCCGGAGCAGAGCACGGGGCGCAGGAACCGGGGCGAGCCUGGACAUGUUGCCAAGAACUCCAGGCGUAAGGUUUGAUCAUGGGGUUGUCUUUUUACACGCUUAAUUAUAUUCUGUAGUAACAUUCUGUAGUGCAACAAUAGUCCAUUGCAUAUUUGCAUGCACUGAUAAUUUCGAGAAAUAUAAAUAUUAUAUUAC